UUUCGUGCUCAUAUAUUUAACUAAUUGACAUGUCCACCCACACAAUGCCGCCUCUAAAUCUCCUAGCUGCCGAUUUUGUGAAAUGUUUCUUGAAAACCGCUGAUUUAGUAGCGAAAGAAGAUAAAACCACCGAUGAAGCGGAGACGUUGAACAACACAGCAAAGACAAAGUACAAGAGGAGAAAAAUGCUGAACGGCGGUGCUGGUGCUGCUUUUAUGAAUGGUCAUGGCGGCAGUGACUCAGAUGACGAGAGCGAUGAUGAUGAUGAGGAGGGCGAAGCGAAAAAUGCAAAUGCGAGCUAUGCCAAUCACUCCACCUCAGCCAUUGAUGAAGAUGUGGAAAUGGUGGACGAGGCCACAGCGUUAAAGAGGCGCAAGAGUUUGCUAGUUAAAGGUGAGCAAAUGAGUGCGGCGGCGACAGUACCGCAACGGAGCGACAACGAAGCACAGCUGAAACGAAUUGCAGCGUCGAGCUUGGAAGUAGAAUUUUAGAAUCAAAAUUGAUUUAACUGAAAUGAGUUUUACAUAAAUUAAACUACUACAAUCUGAUGCAAACGGAGUGCGAUUGUUCGCAAAAUAUUAAUAAGUCAAAAGUGUACGUUUUUGUUUUUUUUUGAUGAAUUGCAUACGAAUGCAGUUUUCAUUACGUUUACUUCAUGUACAGCUAAAUUUUGCUUCAAUAGAAAUAACGUUUGCUAAUUUACAUCUGGACUUAAACUUAAAGUUAAUGACUGCAAUGAAAUAUUUUUAAUAAAUCUGAUGUAAUUACGUACAUAUUCGUGUUCUUUUCGAUUUUUAAUUUACAUAAAUUCAAAUGCACCCUUAAGCUAGACAUAUAAAUGAGUAUCGUAGCAUAACAGUUAAUGAAAUAUUAUUUACAAAAAAAUUUCCUUUUAAAAAUGUAAGGUGCACUUUUACAACAGCACUAGUUUUUAAAAACUAUAGCCGCUAAUGCAAUCAAAUGUACACACAUACAUACAUACAUACAUAAUUACGAUCUAGUGUAUGUAUAUGUAGUGCGUCGCCGAUGCAAUAACCUCAAAUGUGUAUAGCAAAUAAAAAGUGCUAUUUUGAAAU